AUGGAAUACCAAACAGUGUGCCGCGGGGACUCGGGCAGUCCCAUGGUCUUUCCUUCACACUCUUCGCAGGAGAGCCGCUGGUCGGUGGAAGGUAUCGUCAGCCACUUCUUCAGCAAGGAGGAAUGCUCGACCAGGCAUCCCGGACAGUACAGUGUUUUCACAAGAGUCAAUAGGUUCGUUUCGUGGAUCGAAGAGACAAUAUGGAAGAACACCCGAUGAAGACUUUUGAUGACCCUCGUUGAUGAAUCCAGCCAUUCCUCCCUCUCCGUUUACAGACUGCUGAUCAGCGCUAUGCCGUUUGUUGUAAGAUUUUAAGGUUUUAUUGCCAUCAUGCGCAGCCCACAAGCUGCAUACAUCUGAUCAGAUU